GGCUUGCCGGGCGAUUAUUUUGCACAGAAAUAUUUCCGCUCGUGUGUUUUUGGUUUUUCUAUUCACAAAUCACAAGAAGAAGAAGAAGAAGAAGAAGAAGAAGAAUUAUUUCUGUUGUCUCUGCUCUUCUGCAUCAAUCUCUACCAUUACCCAUAGAACACUAAUACAAAGAGAGAAGAAUAAGUGGUAGAAAAAUUUAUUCAAACAUUAUUUCCUGUUCUCUUUCUCAGAAUCUACCCCAGAAAAGAGGCACCACAGCCGCGCCGUAUAACGAGGAAUUUUCCAAGGCGAAAUUUGAUGCAGGUUACACAUCAUUCUAACCCUAAAACGCUUCAUUUAGGUUUUUCGUCCUCCAAAAUAAUUAUAUUUCUUAUGAUAGGGUGUAUGCUGAUUGUAAUUACGACACAAGGCACAGUUUCGAAGUUGAGUUUGGCUUUUUCCGCUACCCAAUUAUAGUUUGUUCAGGUAUUUUUUGAGUCCGACAAUACAGCACAAAUUGGGAGAUCGUAGAUAACAUUUAUUUUAGAGCGUGGUGGCGGAGGCAAUGGCUUUUAACGGUGAGGAUUUGGCCAGCCGCCACUAGGGUUUGGUGGGGCACAAGGGUUUUUCUUUUUUCUAGCGUCGAGGCUUUGGUUUUCAAGGGCUUGUUAAAUCGGCCCUAAAGCACUGCAGUUGUCGGAGAAAAGAAAUUCAUAAGGGUUUUCCACAACAGAGAAAUUGCUGGACGAAGGGCAAAUAAAUCAUAGGGUUUUGCAUAACAAUAUUGCAAUUGUCUCUGAAAGCAGUUUUUUUCUUUCAGGGUUUUACAACUCUCUAAUUGUUGAAGGAAGGUGGAAAAGAGUCUUAGGGUUUUGCACAAGAUUACAAAUGUGAAGAAACGGAAAACAGAUACUUAAGGGUUUGCAGCGCAGAAUUGAGACUGAUUAGUGGCGAAGUUUGAUUGUAUGUAAGUUAUGGCGGCGGAGUCUUGAUUGAGAUCACUUUCAGUUAUUCGACGACAUCCCAGAAUUCUGUGUUAACUUGUUAUAAGAAGGUUUAAAUCCAUAUGUACCCAUGUUGGCAGCAUUCAGUUAUUUGCUGCUUUGAGGUUUUUCUCAGUGAGAUUUCUAUCGAGAGAGAAGUCUUGUAACCUGUUGAAACGAGGUUUAAAUGCAGUAUUUUAUUUGUUAGAAGAGGAUAUGUAGGAUGCAGAUUAUUGAUUUUCAUGCCAAUGCCUUGUUUAGAUAUCUACUGGAACAGUAAAGUGAGUAUAUACCUGUGAAUAAUCUGGAGUAUUAUAGAUUUUUUGGUCCUACCUUGUACAGUUGUUGGUGCCUUUUUAGAACAUUUUUUUGUCUAAUUUAUACGGCUUCUAGCUGCAGAUUUUUUUGUGGGAUUUCUUAAAUCCGGUGAAGUUUUGAAAAUAAAGCUUAAAUCAACUUGAAUGGUUGAAUUUCAUUAAGAUUACCUUCAAAGGUCUGAGAAAAAGUACAUUUAUCACAAAAUGCUGGAAGUUGAUCCAAGAACGGGUUUAGGUGUGCUGUUUGUCAGUGGGGUGUUUGUAAAUUUAAAUAAUCUAUAAUGCUAGAAUUAUGGUGAAUAGGAAGGGUCCGAAGUGAAAUACAAUAAAAAGGAAGGGUUCGUCUUGAAGGAUACAAGAAACGUUAUUUUAACAUUUGAAAGGAAGUUCUACAGCUUGGAUACAUGCCUGCAAACAGAAAGGGUUUGUGGUGAAGGGUGCAAGGCAUGCUAUGAACACAGUUAACAGAGAGGGUUCACAGUAGGGAGACAGCCUUGGAAGAUGUUGGUUUUGUAAUUAGGGGGAAGCAUCAUAGGAUUGCGUCAUUUCUAGUUUAGCAUAUGUUGGAAUUCAUUCAAGAAAUUUAUCAUGGUCUAUAGCAGUUAUGGAUAAAAGUGAGCCUGCUUUGGUUCCACAAUGGCUGAAAGGUACUAGUGGAUGCGGAAGUGGGUCAACAUCUCAUAGUUCCUCUUCUUCUAUAUUCUCAGAUGAUUGUGACGUCCAAGUUUCGGCUACUAAAUAUAGAAAUUUUCUGCAUUCAAACUCUUUUGGAUCACGUCAUAGUGACUAUGACUCUCCACGCAACUCCACAUUGGCAGAUAGAUCUCCUUCUUCAUCUUCUCGAAGAGGUCUCAGCUUUAAUGGAGGAAUAAGUGAUCGGGCAAACUGGGACAGGGCUUAUUCUAGUUUUAAUCGGAAUUCCUCAUUCCGUGGUGACCGCGAUAGGGAUCUGCAACGUAUUGAUAAAGAAAAGGAGUGGGAGCGUGAACUAGAUUACAGGGAUAAAGGCCAGGAUCGAUAUGAUAGUCACGUAUGGUCUUCAUCUUUUUCAAGCAAAUAUGAAACAGAAGUAUCCUUGAAACGUUCCCAGUCAGUGAUCCUGAACAAGAGGAUGGAGAAUGGGACAAAAAAAUCUGCAAAUGAACUGGGAAGUUUAACUACACCUCUUGCUGUGGGAAAUAUAGUUGGUAACAUAAACAAAGCUGCUUUUGAAAGGAACUUUCCAUCUCUUGGAUCUGAAGAUAGACAAGCUGGCAACCACUCAAAUGUGACAUCAAAUUCAAGUUCAAAUUCAAUUUGGCAUGGCCAAGGGACUGUUGGGAACCCUGAUAUAGUUAGGGCUUCUUCGCCAAACUUGACUAUUGCUACAGGAUCAAGUCAAGGCCCAUCUGUAAAUGUAUUAGCUUUUGGAGCGGAUGGAUGGAGCUCUGCACUUGCAGAUGCUCCUGUUCCAAAUGGAGCUAGCAGCGGGCCAUUUACAUCUUCUCAGCAAACCAGUAUAGGAUCUUCUGUUUCUUCAGUUACACCUGCAAUAGCAUCUUCAAGUGGGCUCAAUAUGGCAGAGGCGUUAGUGCAGAACCCUCCCCGAGUUCGUACUCCUCCUCAGUUAUCUAUUGAAAACCAAAGGCUGGAGGAAUUGGCCCUGAAGCAAUCUCGGCAACUGAUACCUAUGACACCUUCAAUGCCAAAGACUACGGGGUUUGGGCCAUCUGAGAAGUUGAAGCCAAAAAUGCUUAGGACCAUUGACACUGCUACAUCAAGUGGUAAGGUUGGACAGCAGAUUAUUUCUCCGAACAGAGCAACUGGGCGACCUGAAACUCCCAAGGUGCCUCAAGUGGGGAAGCUUCUUGUUUUGAAGUCAGCUAGAGAAAAGAAUGGAGUUUCAAAGCCUGUGAUGUAUGAUAACUCGACCCCUGUGAUGGGAGGGAUUAUCAACAAUAUGACUGUGGUUUCCCUAACUGCAGGUGUUGGUGCAGUUGGAAAUUCUAGUCUGAUAGGUCCGAGGAAUUCAAAAUCUUUUUUGGAUCGGAAAACAAUGCCUGUGUUAUCAACAUGUGUAUCAACUGGACUUGACCAUGGGACAUCACAGCGCUCAAAAGAUAAUAGCUUAAUGAAUGAAGAGAAAAAACCACUGUCCCAAGCUCAGAAUCGAAGUGAUUUUUUCAAUACUUUGAGGAGGAAGGCUUCUGGGUCAUCGACAGAACAGAAAGUUGCUGAACAAAACACUAAUGUUGUCCCAAUUAAUGAUACUGUGGUAGGUGUAAAAGAAAAUGGUAAUUUGGAUAGUGUAUGUGAGAACUCUGACAAUGCAGAACCUGCUAUUCAAGUAGCAUGCAAUUUGGUGAACAUAAUAAAUGCCUCAAAUGGUGAUGUCCGAGCAGAAACUGAUACUGCAGUAGAGUCCAGUGAAACUGGUAGUCCAGCAUCUACAAACAUGUAUUCUUUUAUGGGUGGAUCUGAGGAGGAAGAAGCUGCCUUUCUUCGGUCUCUUGGGUGGGAGGAAAAUGCAGGAGAGGAAGAAGCACUAACAGAGGAGGAAAUCAAUGCCUUUUAUCAACAGUUGGUGCUAUGCAGCAGAUGGAGUCAAGGACAAUCUCUGCUAAAUUUAGCAGAGGCUGUUGUAAGUUUCCAAAUGUGGCAGUUGAUAUGCGUGUUGGCAGCUUGGGAAGUAUGUCAUCCGAGCCAAGUUCGUCAGAUUCUGAGCCUGAUUGUGAUUCCUAGGCAUAGUGGUAAUUGUAGUAAAUUCAUUUACCUUUGUCAGGAUUUGAUUUGAAAACGGUGCAUGAUUAUCAUGCAAUGAAUUGUAGGAUUUUUUUAUCAUGGAAAUCUGUGAAAUGGGAUUGACUGUGACAUCAAGAUUAGUCACUCGGUCACCUACAAGCUGCUUAAGUGUGAAUAUAGAGUAUUUGAGUAGCGAAGAAGUUUCUUAUUAUAGUCGAGUCAUUUUGACAAGUGGUCGCUGUUUGGAAACGAUUUUACAGCAACCAAAUCUUUAGGAUUCAAUUACUUAGGCAAGUGAGCAUAAUAAGUUUUUGGCUCGAGCUGCAAAUAUUGAUGAAUGCAGCCUUAUCCUUCAAUCGGCUGAAGCAGGCAACCAUCUGUUCCUAUUCCUGUGGCAGGUUCAUUCUGUUUCCUGUCAUUUUCAGGAGGGUUAGAUGUUCAGAGUUUGUAACAUUGGCUGCUAGCAGCAACAUUGAUUAUACAAGUUUAAUUACCAAAGCAACCCCUUUUUGCCACUAAA